CGGGUCAGAAGCGGAAGAAGAGAAGCCCGAGCACGAACUCGAUCACCUGAUCGGGCGAGUCGAUCGGGUAAGACCCACCCGAUUUCCAGAGAAGAAGUUUCGAUGGGAAAGAGACCUGCAGAAGAGGAUGUUGAUGAAUCGAUGGUGGAUAUGGAGCCUAGGAGGGUAGUGGCUCCAAGGAAGACCAAGAACUUGCCCCCUCCAGAAGAGCUUUAUGCAAUGUUUAAGCGCCAAAAGUUCGUUGGAACUCGCUAUCCUCACCGGCAAACGAUGAAGGAGCUGGGCAUAGCAAGAGAUAUCGAGUUUCUGUUCCAGAGAAGCGGCCUUGGCUCAUUCAUGACCAAAAACUUGGAAGCCUACGACGAGGAGACAUGUUACGUGUUAGCUUCACUUCAGCUCCAUUUCUACGAGGAUGAAACCGAGUUUCACGCAGAUGACUGCCUUGGAUACAUCACCUUCAGCGUGAAGGGCACUACCUAUUCUCUCACGUUUAAGGAAGUUGAGAACCUCUAUGGGUUCUUGCAAGCAAGCGGGAUGAGCCAAGAUGUGCUUAAGGAGAAGAUCAAGUCUGUUUGGAAAACAAUUGGAGAUGGGAAGGAGUACACCUCUUCGAAAUCCAAGAGCGCCCAAAUCCGAAACCCAGCUGUGAGGUAUUUCCAUAAGUCUUUGGCUAGUAUGAUUUUUGCUAGAAAGGAAACCGGGAAUGUGAAUGAGAGUGAGAUCCAGCUCAUAGAUAUAGCACUGAGUGGUGUAUUGCCAAGUACUAGGGAUAGUAGAGAACUAGUAGGAGAUAGAACGGAUGGUAGCAUGGUCUUGGUUUUGUUAGACCAGCUGAUGUACUGCAACGAUUGGGUAUUAAAGGCUGUUAGGAGAGGUGUGCAAGGAAAGCUCAGUAUUGGUGGACUAGUCACCCCGUUAUUGGUAGCUUGUGAUGUUGAAUUACGGGGUAAAGGAAGUGGAACAAGUUCCAAAGCAAGACUAUCAAGGCAUUGAAAAACAUUGUGAAGGAUCUUGCCGGAACAGUUAAGGAUAUGGGGGAGCAGAUUAAGGAGCUUCAGAACAAGGUUGGAGACUCAACCUCCACUACAGCCAUGCCUAGUGGUUUGGGGAGGAGUGCAUCAGUCAGGACACCUACCAAAUCCAACCUACUAGUUAGCCCGCCUAGAGCCUCAUUUGAUCCGAGGAGAAGUCUGUUCAGAACCAGAAGGGAACCGGGAGCUGACAAGAGCACCUCACCCGAACGCACACCCGAUCGGGCCGGCUCUUCACGCCCAGUCGGGUCAGCCUAUCACCUCGCAGUCGACUCUGAAAAUGUCCAAACCGAGCAUGUAGAAGCAGGCCUCGACGUCAUGAGCUCGUGGUUUGGACCACCCAAGAGAAUUGCAGGAACACACCAAAAAUCGUAGGAACACAACGAAGAAUAAAAAUGACCAGACACUAAGAGUGUGAAUUCUUCAAACCUGUUCAGGAACGCAGCAACAACAUUCGUCCCCAUCAGUAUAUGAAAAACUCAACCGAGUCUCCCUUUAUGAGAUAGAUGCAUCACCAGGAGAGAUUGUACAAAGACAAAGAACCAUAGGAGAGAAAAAAAAACAUUGAA